AUGCCUCACACACCUCCUGUUCACACCUACACCUCCGUCUUCGUUUGCUGGGAGGCGUCGACUGGCGUAGGGGCUUUGAACGAUUGGUUCACACUUCACACCACCGAGGAACCUCUACCACAAUACGACGAAGGCUUUAUACUAGAUUUCGACGAAUCAUGGCUAUCAGCUUUCAUGGUUGAUGAGGUUUUGCCAGGUCCCAACAGCUCGCAUACACAAUUCAACGCAGGCGUUACCUCAUUUGACGACAGCGCUGGUUGCAAUGCUGAUGUCGACUUGGAUACUUUAAGUCUUGCUGGGCUACCCACCCCCCGCAUGCCGUCAUUAAACCGAUUGGAUUGUCCAUCGGAUCUUCUGAAGGAUGGAGCUUCGGAGAGAGUGAACAUAGUGGCUACAGAUGAACAGGAGACUAAAACUGAGUCAGCAAAUGGUUCCUGCCUGUUCCCUACAGGCAAAACCGUACUGGGUCUCAGCGAAGAAUCACCACCGACAAGGGCUUAUCAUCAAAGGCCCGCAAAGCGUUCGACUUCUGACAAACCUAAAUCCAAGAGGACCAAGAUUUCGAACGAAGUCCGCGUUGUGUUGGACGCGCACUUCGAUAAUAGCGCUUAUCCGACUGAUGGUGAGCUGGUUCUACUAUCCGGAAAGACUGGAUUGCCUGUAUCAGUCAUCAAAAGGUGGUUCGUGAAUGCAAGGGCACGCAAGACUAUGCCAGAAGACAAUGCCGACGCAGAUACAAACGUGGAUAGUCAAGAACUUCAUGAGCGACCCGAACGUAGUCUGUCGCUGGAGCCUGUCGUUGGUCGAGAUAGUCUUCAGGACUUGGAUCGAUGCUCCCCUGCGCCCAGCGUAGCCUCACUCGAGAGAUAUGUGAACCAGACCGCAGAUCAGGACUCAGUUCCUACUUUAGUCAUCGAAUCAGCCUUACAAGCCGACCAUUUCCUACUUGCACCACUUGUUGACGCGCAAUCAUCCAAACGUCGCAACACAAUCUCAAAGUCUAGGCAGCAGUCUCCAAUGCGUGCUUUCAGUACGGCGGGCUCAAACAGCUCAGUUGGUUCUCGUAACAGCGUCAGAAGUUCAUGCAGCCAUAUCUCUGUCGAUUCAAGGGGUUCUCGUCGUGGUCGUAAGCGUUGGACACAACCACCAUUACCGCCCGAGGCGCAUCGACGGAAGAUAACUCUAGCAAGUACUCACAAGCAGUCAAAUGGAAGCUCUUUGCAUGAAAAACAGAAUUCGAACGUUCCUACGUUACGAAGUACCCGCUCGUACUUUUGCACUUGGUCUAGCUGCAACAAAUCCUUCCCGAAUCGUUCCGCGUGGGCACGACACGAGGAAGCCAUCCAUCAUUGCCCCUACUAUUGGAUCUGCUGUCUAGACGUAAAGAUAGCCAUGCGGUUACCAAGAUGUUUUGUUUGCGGCGAACGCGACAUUCUUUUGAGCCACCUUGUCGAAUGCCACUUCAGUAGCUGUGCGGAAAAGCCGGAAGAGUGUCGGACUUUUGUGCGAGAAGACCAACUCUCGCAACAUAUCAAAGGAGUUCAUCUUGAUAAAGGGGGCGGCAAGAGUUCGAUACCCAAAGACGUUCUCUCGGCGUGGAAAAAAGACAACCCCUCUUUGUUGCCAUCAGCUCUUAUCUGCGGUUUCUGUGGUAUGAUCAUGGAUACUUGGUCGCAGAGACAAGCACAUGUCUUUGAUCAUCUCAUCGACGGCAUAUGCAAAGCUGCGUGGUGGCCAUUGAGACUACCGUUCAUACCAACGAGAAUUCCAUGUGCUGGUCCCUAUACCUGUUCAGGUUGCAUCAGUACAUUCGCAAACAUACAAGUAGCCUUUGAACAGCACGAAGAACGUCGAACCUACUCUUGUCGUCAUAUCCACGACUGGCAUGCGCUAUUCGAACGCAAUAAGACCGUGGACAAUCCGCCUUUCAUCUCCUGUCGCCUGUGUGGGACGGGAUAUCCGGUCCCUGACCUGACAGCUCCGGGUAGGGGCUACAUAGAUGACAUGCGUAAACACGCGGAGUUCCACAAGCUGCGAGAAUGUACACAGGAUAUUUUCGCUGACAAAAGUGACUUCCAUGAACAUAUGCGCAUUUGCCACGGCGCGACAAUAUGCUCGACUUACGCUCCUUGGCGCGUCAAGCGAUUCCUAGAGCAAGCUAGACAUGGCAUUGUCUUAGGUGCAAUGCUUGUUACCGUUAAUCCUUUUCUCACAAGCAAUUCUUUAUGUGAUACUAAUUCUUUUGGCUUUCAUCUUGUGUACUCGGAGGCUGUUUCUGUGGAUUGCGAGGAUGUUAGCAAUGGGUAA